AUGAAUGGUCCAGAAGUUGAUACCUCUGUUCCAUCAAUAGAUAAUAAGGCAUGGACCAUUGAUUUCGAUGAUUUGGAGAUUGGAAGAGAAAUUGGAAGUGGAGGAUUUGGUAAAGUCUAUCGUGGAGAAUAUUUGGGUGCACCUGUUGCCAUCAAACGUGUACACAUUGCACCUGAUGAUCCCAACAGAAAGGAUCUCGAAAAAUUCCUCAACAGAGAGAUUGAAACUAUCAAGUUAUUCUCUCAUCCCAACGUUAUUCAAUUCAUUGGUAUUGCUGCUCAUCAAGGUGACUUGUUUUUAGUUACUGAACUUGUUGUUGGUGGCGAUUUACAAUGGUAUUUAAAGAAUAGAGCAGUUGAAAUCCCAUGGAUUUUAAGAUUAAAUAUUGCAUAUGACGUUACUUUGGCCAUGUCCUAUCUUCACAGUAAAUCAAUUGUUCAUCGUGAUUUGAAAUCUUCAAAUUUGCUUAUUGAUCCAAAUUGGAAAGUAAAAGUAUGUGAUUUUGGUUUUGCUAGAAUUGUAGAUGAUGAAAAUAAUAAAUCAAUGACUAUUUGUGGAACUGACAAUUGGAUGGCACCAGAAAUGAUUCUUGGAGAAGAUUAUGAUGAAAUGUGCGAUGUAUUUUCAUUUGGUUUAAUUUUGUUUGAAUUGAUCACACGUAACAAGCCAACACCAAGUAUGCGUAAUGGUGACUUUUCAAUUAACCUCGAGAUGCUUUUGGCACAAGUUCCAAACGAUUGUCCAACUCCAUUUACCCAAUUGAUGCUCAACUGUAUCAAGGGCGAGCCUGUUGAUCGUCCAUCCUUUAAACACAUCUCACUCACCAUCAAGACGAUGCGUACCAACUUGUAUGGUGUCGUCCGUCCCAGUUCCAUUGCCUACCCUCCACUUCGUAGCUUCAACAGCGUCCCCAUUCAAAACUUUAACUCUGUCACUCAACCACCCAUCCCCGAAUCACCCACCAAGGGUUUGAUUGCUGAUGCCAAAAAGAUUAUUUCUACUCGUGGUAGAUCAGGCUCUUUAGAUGGUGCAGUUCAUCCAGAAGAAGAAGAAGAAGAAGAAGAAGAGGAAAAGGAAAAUGAAAAUCAAGAGGAAGGAUCAAACUAUGAAAGUUCAGUUGACCAAUUCAACCUUUCAAAUAGCAAUGGAAAGGAUGAACAUCAACAUGAAGAAGAACAACAAGAACAACAAGAAGGAUCAGAUGAAGAAGAUGAUGGAUAUGACAAGGUACAAGAAAGUGGAGAAGAUGAACAAGAGGAUGACGAGGAACAACAAGAGUUUUCAAAUCAACACCAAAUUGCUUCUCCAAUCAGCUCGGCAUUCUACUCGUCGUCGACCACAGACUCACCAAACAAGACCAAAAAGAAUGUUUCCUUUGCCAACCAAAAAUCAAUUCAUAGAUAUGAAAAGCCAUCAGACGACGAAGAGGAAGAUGAUGAUGACAUGUAUGACAAUGAAUAUUAUGAUGGAGAAGAUGACGACGACGAUGAGGAAGAUUACGACGAAGAUGAUGAUGAAGAUGAAUAUGACUAUGGAGAAGAGGACGAAGAGGAUGAAGACGCUAUCUACCGACAACGUGCUCAACAAAUCUACAAUCAAAAUCAGAUAUACCAAAACGAAGAGGAAGAUGACUCUGACGAUCGUCUUAGUGACGAUAGCGACGAACACGUACAACCUCCAGUUCACGUAGAGGAAUACAACUCUGAAGAUGAUGAAGUUAGCAGUCUUGUCGAACAAGAAGGUGUCGUUCAACCAACCAUUCAACUUACUCAAGUAGUUGAACAAGAACCAACACAAGUUCAAGAUGAAAUUAAACUCGAUGAUGAUGAUGAUUCAGAGUCAAGUCAAGAUGAACAAGAUGAAGAACAAGAAAAACAAACAGAUAUCAAGGUUCAAGAAGAACAACAAACUCAAACCACUUCUAUUGCUAUUAGUUCUACUCAACAAGAAGAAGAAGAACAAGAACAAGAACCAGUUGCUAUUGUGGAACCAACUCCAGUUUCUGUUGAAGAACCAACCAAGGUUGAAGAACCAGUUACUGUUGUCGAAGAACCAACACCAGUUGCUGUUGUUGAAGAACCAACCCCAGUUGAAGAACCAGUUACCGUGGUCGAAGAACCAACCCCAGUUGAAGAACCAACCAAGGUUGAAGAACCAGUUACCGUUAUUGAGGAACCAACCAAGGUUGAGGACCCAACUCCAGUAGUCGUUGUUGAAGAACCAACCAAGGUUGAAGAACCAGUUGCUGUUGUUGAGGAAUCAACCCCAGUUACCGUUGUUGAAGAACCAACCAAGGUUCCAGAACCAGUUGCCGUUGUUGAGGAACCAACACCAGUUGAAGAACCAACCAAGGUUCCAGAACCAAUUGCAGUAGUUGAAGAACCAAUUCCAGAACCAGUCAAAGUUCAAGAACCAGUCAAGAUCGAAGAACCAGUCAAGGUACAAGAACCAGUCAAGGUUGUCGAACAACCACCAGUUUCACCCAAACCAAAAUCCAAAGAACAACCAACAACUAAUAUCAACCCAACCAUUUCUACAACUACCACCUCUUCACCUAAAGUGCAAUCUGCAACUGCAACAACAACCACUCAACCAUCAUCACGUACAAACUCUAACGAAAAGGCUCCACUCAUUUCAAACAAAGUUCAAAGAAACUGUUGCAAUUGUUUUGUCAUAUCCUGA